GUCGGACUCACCUUUGCGAUUGUGGGCAUGUAUGAUGGGUGUUCCAGAAUGUCCAUGCUACUCUCCAAGGCGAGAGUAUCGCACGGAGUGGCUGGUGUGAAUCGCUAUGUCUCCAACUUGAAUCUUGUCCGCCGGUGCGGGAUUGCAGCGUCGCGCGCCUCCCCGGGAUCAUGUCGCAGUAAGGCCGCUCGAGACUUUCUUGCCCAACAGCGACAGCUCAGCACAGGCUAUCAGUGUCUCUCCGCCCAAGCCGCUGAGGCGUCAAAACCGACCGCUUCAACCCAUGAAGAAGACCUGCUGUCAAUCGAGAGACUCCGCUUGCGACUCGAAUUCGAGAAGCACAACGACAUCCGAGACUAUCUGCAGAAAUGGCAAGACAGCCAAGAUAAUUUCGCAGAUCCUGUUCGCGGGCCUGGGACUGCCAAUAAGAUGGUGGCAGAUGACCCCUGGGUAGGGAAUAUGCUGAACGACAACCGGGAAGCUUAUGAUGCGGGAGCCGAUGCCUUACGAGCGUCCGAGGACUACUCGGGAUAUAUCAGUCGAGCCGACGAAGGCGCGAGCUUGAAAGAACGACUGGAACCAGGUGACCUUGUGGCCAUGCAAUUGUCUGAUGGAGUUCUCUCAUACGCAAUCUACGUUCGCUCCCUCGCCAGACAACAGCAAUUUUACACAGACAAAGGCAAAUGGCGCAUUGCUUCAAAAAAGGAUAUCGAGUUCGUUGUGAAGCACUUUGUGCCACCAGAGAUGGUGGAGCCCCUCCUGCCUCACUUCCCGACAGGCCUUGCUAUGAUGAGCUAUGAGUUUCAAUCCUCAAUCGAGGGUGGAGUCCCAAGGAAUAAGGGCGCUCCGCUGCUUGAGAGGAUUCAACAAUUUGACUUGGAUGUGAGAGAACUCUAUCGUAAUAAUGCGCUACGUUUGGACAACCUCCACGACUUGGUGGCAGAGGACGACUUGAAUGUGAUAUACUCUCUCGAGGAAUUGGCCUGUAAGGCGCUGGAGAUCGAGCCGGACCAGUUGAAUGACACGUUGCGCUUCCUCAUCCAUCGGGCCAUUCACGAGAAUUCAUUUCUGAUCGAAAGUGAUCGGGCCACUUUAUUCGACUGCCAUUACCUAGUUAGAUCUCGGCACAUUGCAAAUGUGAUUGAAACGGUCACCAACUGGGUGCAUGAGCACCAAGACUUCGUUGUCAACUCAGUCCGCGGCAAGGAAUACCCUUAUCACCGCAAUCACCCCCUGCAGCUGUUCAUUUCCAAGGCCAAGCGUCUCAUCAGGCAGAGUCGGACUGUGCGAUCUCCAACCACUGUGGCAUGCGUGGGUCCAAGCUCUGUACGAAUUAACCCCACAGAGCACGAUAGUCCUCUGGUAUACCGUGAGGUGCUCACGGAGAAAUUCACCGAUAACGACCGCAUCAUCAUAGAAUACUUGCAGCACUGGUGCAUACCUCCUCGUCGGAUGACAAGAGGACAUAUGCGAUCCGCAGGGUCGCAUAUCAUGCGCCACACCGGCAUGUACAAUGCGGUGGAUCUGGGCCCAACUGAAGGCGUACUCUUUCUUCAGGAGUUGGGGGUAUUCCAACCCUGGGAGAACCUAAAUGUUUACCAUCCUUUUCUUUCUCUUCCUGGGCACGGGCUCUCUCCCGUAAACGAGGCACUAUGGACUAGCGCAGUCGAGGAAGGUAAACUGCUUGCAGACCAGAGUGAACUCCAAGAUUCCAUGAAGGAUUUGCGGGUCGAUUGGGGAGAUUUGCCAGUUUACUGUAUCGACGACGUGGGUGCGAAGGAGAUCGACGAUGGUGUCUCGCUCGAGCGCAUACCCGGAUCGGACGAUACUUUCUGGGUUCACGUGCAUAUCGCCAAUCCUACAGCUUUUAUAGAACGCGAAUCGGGUAUCAUGAGGUGGGCUGCGUCUGCUGUUAAGACCAUCUAUCUGCCAGAGCGUAACUAUCCCAUGAUGCCUGACUCCGUGACGCAGAAGCACUUCAGUCUGGGCCCAGGUCGUCCCACGCUCACGUUCAGCGCCAAGAUGAAUCUUCAGGGCGACAUCCUGGACACCAAGAUCGUGAGUGGUAGGAUUCAAAAUGUGAUCUACUUAACUCAUGAGCGACUACGCCGCUGUCUGCAGCCCACCAAUGGAGCGAAAUACAAGAGCAAGGUGCUAAGCGUAGGAGGCGCUUUGCCUCAGCAAACCUCUUCUCGUGAGGGUAUCCAAGAGACACUUACAUCCGGAGACGAGGAAAACUUCCACAUUCUCCGCCAGCUGAUGGUAGGGUGGCGAGAACACCGGCGUCGAAAUGGUGCUCUGGAGUUCGGUUACGCGCAAGACAGCAACGUUUCGGUAUCCUUUGGCUCCGUACCUCUCGCUCCCAGGAAGCUCGACGUCAGCGAAGGCAGGUAUUACCUAGGUGACCCGGUGAUCCAGCUCCGCCAGGCCGAGAAUGACCUGUCCAAGCUUGUCGAAUCCCCGGACGACAAUCUCGUCUCCUUCCUCAUGAACCUAGGCUGCUGGGUCUCCGCCUCCUGGAUGGCCUCGCGCAACAUCCCGGCCGUCUACGAUGGCACCGAUUACCACCCCGAGUACCAAAAGGUCACUCGCGAGAACAUGUCCAAGAUGAGCGGUGAAGACUGGCUCUUCAUGGCGGCGCCAAACGGCGUCUCGCUGUCCCACCCGGUUCCCCACGUCUCGCUCGGUUUGGACGUCUACACGAAAGCCACCAGUCCGCUCCGCCGCUACAACGACGUGCUAGCACACUACCAGAUCGAAGCGGCGCUGCGGUUUGAGCACAUCCAUAAGCGUCGCCUCGAUGCAUCGUCUUCAGACGCAGUGGACGCAUCCGUCCUCCCCUUCUCCGCCGAAGAUGUCGACGACUGGCUCCGGAGCUCCCGGAUACGACGCUAUGUGCUCCGCAAUCUCGAUCAGCAGGCGCGCCAGGACUGGGCCGCGCAGCUCCUCUUCCGCGCAUUCUACUUCAACGAGUGUCCCCUGCCCGCGACGUUCGUGUGCACGCUCGACAAGCGCUUCGAAAUGACGGAUCUGGCUGGCACCUCGCUCGGCAAGGGCUGGGUCGCGAACAUUGGCUCGCUGGGUGUCCGCUGUCACGUUUUGAUCCCCUCCGGUCGGCGGGAUCUCCAGGAAGCUGAUAUGAUGAGCCGGGUGGAGGCAAAGAUUACCAAGGUGGAUAUGGGGAGACACAUUGUGAUGAUGGAGGCGACGAAAUUGAUCAGUCGUCACACUGCGGAAGUGGGUGAUGGGAUUUUUAGACCCAAUAAGCUGUAAUAUCAGAGGAUAGCAGGAGGAAGUCGGUGGAUGUACAUUGUUGUAUAGGGAAAGGGUGACCCGGAUUAUGGACAGGGGCCUGUAAGAUAUGUUAGAUCUCCUCU